UCGCUUCCAUUAGAGAGAGAGAGAGAGAGAAGAUAUUUGAAUGUGGAAUUUGAUUUUGUAUGUAUAAAUAUUCAGCUGCUGUCUGGUUGUGUUAGAAAAACAAAAAAAAAGUUCAAAAAUUUGAAGUGGGUCGAGUUUGAAAUCGAGCUAGCUGCUUCGAGGUUGAAGAUUCUCUUUCUGUUCUCCACUGUCUGCUUCUGUUUUUUUAAAUUGGGUUUCGACCGUUUCUUCCUGUUACUGUAACUGCAAGCAGAUUUUUUUUUCUGGGAUUUCUGGGUAGUUUCUGAAACUGCCACUUGAAAGUGAGUGAGAGAGAGAGAGAGAGAGAGAGAGAGAGAGAUCCAGCUGCUGUUUGAUUGCUGAUUUCGGCACCAUUGCUGAGUUGGGUUUUGUUAUUUAGAGAGAGAGAGAGAGAGAGGUUUGACGGUCAAUUUGAUCUGGGUUCUGCUGAAGUUGAUCACAGAGAAACAGAUUGUGCAAGCUAUAGUGGGUUGCUUUCUGAGCCUCUGGAUUUUAAGCAAAGUCAAAUCAGCUUGAGUUGCGUGAGCUCUGGUAUCCAGUUUUAUCAUUACGCUUAUUGAAUCAUGGUAGAAGAAGGCGGCAAUGAGGUUCCGAUUGACACACGAUCAGUGGAAGAAUGGUUGUCACAUGCUAGGGUGCUUGUUCCAUUGGCACUGAACAAGGCAAGAGAGGUUAAGGGGUUUCCGGGUCGAUGGAAGACGAUCAUUUCAAAGUUGGAGCAAAUCCCUUCGCGUUUAUCGGACUUGUCUGGUCAUCCGUGCUUCUCCAAGAAUGCUCUUUGUAAGGAGCAAUUGCAGUCGGUAUCCAAGACGGUUAAGGAAGUUAUUGAAUUGGCGGAGUUUUGUGUGGGGGAGAAACAUGAAGGAAAACUUCGGAUGCAGAGCAAUCUGGAUGCACUGUCUGGGAAACUGGAUUUAAAUUUGCGGGAUUGCGGGCUUUUGAUCAGGACCGGGGUGCUUGGUGAGGCUACUUUGCCUUUAGCUAUGACCGGUUCUUCAAAUGGGCCUGAGGCUGCUUCUAAUGGUAACAUAAGGGAGCUGCUUGCACGGCUUCAGAUUGGUCACUUAGACGCGAAACAUAGUGCUCUUGACAGUCUUGUUGAGGUCAUGAAAGAGGAUGAGAAGAAUGUGCUGUCAGUUAUGAGUCGCAGCAACAUUGCUGCUUUAGUCCAGCUGCUCACUGCAACAUCUCCUCGUAUCCGAGAAAAGACUGUAACUGUAAUUUGCUCACUUGCAGAAUCCGGAAGUUGUGAAAAUUGGCUUGUUUCUGAAGGGGUUUUGCCACCUCUAAUCAGGCUUGUUGAGUCUGGUAGUGCAGUUGGUAAAGAGAAGGCUACAAUUUCGCUUCAGAGGUUGUCAAUGUCCGCUGAAGCAGCACGCGCAAUUGUUGGGCAUGGCGGGGUUCGUCCACUGGUUGAGAUCUGCCAAACUGGUGAUUCUGUUUCUCAGGCUGCUUCAGCUAGCACUUUGAAGAACAUAUCUGCUGUCCCGGAGGUUCGACAAGCUCUAGCUGAGGAAGGCAUUGUAAAAGUUAUGAUCAAUCUGCUUGAUUGUGGUAUUUUAUUGGGUGCAAAAGAAUAUGCAGCAGAGUGCUUGCAGAAUCUCACUGCAAGCAAUGACAAUCUCAGAAGGUCUGUAAUAUCGGAAGGUGGAAUUCGGAGCCUAUUGGCUUAUCUCGCUGGAUCAUUGCCACAAGAGUCUGCAGUUGGGGCAUUGAGGAAUUUGGUUGGCUCGGUUUCUAUGGAAGUUUUGGUUUCUCUUGGUUUCCUUCCAUGCAUUGUUCAUGUGCUUAAAACCGGUUCACUAGGCGCACAGCAAGCUGCUGCAUCUGCAAUUUGCAAGGUUUGCAGCUCUACAGAGAUGAAAAAACUGAUUGGUGAAGCGGGGUGCCUUCCUCUCCUUGUCAAGAUGCUCGAGGCUAAAUCAAACAGCGCGAGAGAGGUUGCAGCACAGGCAGUUUCGAGCCUGAUGACCCUUUCCCACAAUUGCAAAGAAGUGAAAACGGAUGACAAAAGUGUUCCAAAUCUAGUCCAACUACUUGACCCUAGUCCUCAAAACACGGCGAAAAAAAACGCAGUUUGUUGCCUCGGAUUACUGUGUUCAAGUAAGAAAUGCAAGAAGCUGAUGGUCUCGUAUGGAGCAAUCGGGUACCUCAAGAAGCUUACAGAGAUGGACAUCCCCGGAGCGAAGAAGCUACUCGAACGGCUGGAAAGAGGGAAGUUAAGAAGUUUCUUCACCAGAAAAUAGAGGAAGAAAUGCAAGUGUGCUUUUUGUAAGUUCUGUGAAGCUUCUGAUGUAGUCGCUGUUUCAUGGUCUAUAUGAAACGUAGUUUGUCAUUUGAACUUGGCAAGCCUGGUGUAAUCUAUGUUAUGUAUGUCCUAUUAUUUAUAAGUUUAUUAAAAUAUAAAAUCUCUGUAAUUCAGUA